ACACACACCGCUGAUUUGCUAACGACUAACGAGGGUUGGGUGGUAUGAAGACUGCUUUUAUUCCUCAAUUAAUCUGUUUCACAGGUUGCUUCUUGCUUGCUCGAUUAGGUGAGCCUUCUCUCGAAAAAGGAAAGAGGUAAUAAAGCAACGUCUCUUUUUCUAGUAACCACGUCUCACAUUUUGCUUCAUAAAUUUAACAAUCAUAAAUCGAAUAAAAGCCACAUUUCACAUAAAUUCUGUGCUUCGCGCGCCAAUGAGUUUGAUCAGUGCAACUAUCACACCAUGUCAUGUCCUGCGAAAAUAUUUGCCAAUGAGUUUUGCAACGUUUCUGAAUUGGUGUCUGUACAACCUAAACAACAAUUUGUGAUACACAUUGGUUCUUAGAUAGCGAACUACACACGAUGACUGCAACACAGCCGAAAAUACUUUGCGUCGGGAUGAUUUGUGUCGACGAACUGUUGUACUGCAAAAGUUAUCCAAUCGAAGAUUCCGACCAGAGGAUUCUGGAUCGACAACAGAGGACUGGUGGAAAUGCUGCAAAUAACUGUGCAGUCCUGGCUGAGCUGAAGGUAAAAUGUGACUUGCUCGGAACGCUCAGCAGCAAUUCGAGAUACACCAGUUUUGUUAAAGAGGACCUUAGAUCUUAUGGCCUCAGUUGCGACCUGUGUGAAUUAAUUGAAGGCCAAGAGUUACCAAUAUCGACUUGUAUCAUCAAUGCAGAAAAUGGUACUCGAACCAUCCUGCACUACCGCAAGGACUGGCCGGAGGCAUCUUAUGAAGCAUUCCUGAAAAUCGACCUCUCACAGUACUCUUGGAUUCAUUUCGAGGGGCGGAAUAUAGAUGAAGUAAAGAAAAUGAUAAAAAGAAUUGUUGAAUGGAACAACGAACAUGCCGAAGGCUAUGGAAUAACAAUAUCUAUUGAAGUGGAGAAGAAACGAGACAAUUUACUGGAGUUAAUUCCACUUGGAGAUCUUGUAAUCAUAGGCAAAGAUUUUGCUAGGUUACAGGGAUUUAACACGAUGUCUCAAGCGGUUGAUGGUCUCUUUGGACUCCUGAAACAUGGGGCGACCCUGGUGGUGCCUUGGGGAGAAGAGGGCGCGGCUGCAAAAGGUCCUGAAGGCGUCUUCUUGGUUCCCGCCUGCCCUCCAGAGCGCGUGUUGGACACGCUGGGCGCUGGAGACACCUUCUGCGCCGCACUGCUGUCCGCGCUGUCUGGCGGCCACCCCCUGCAACAAAGCCUGCGAUAUGCCUGCAAGGUUGCUGGCGCCAAGGUCGGCAUGCACGGAUACCAUGGACUUCGGGACGUUCUCAGGGAACAAAGAAUAGCUGUGGACCAUUAACCGUCAACCAUAUUAUUAUCAACUAUUAAGAGUGACUGGGGUAGAAAUUAUGCUACAUUUUCAUCUAUAUCCCACAAGCAAUCGUUCAGCGUGUGAUGGUGUGGGCAUAGGGUGACAUUAUAAUCACCCACCCUCCCACCUUCUAUUAUUCUAUUCGUAGGUGACGUUUUUCCUCCAGAUAAGCCCAAUUUUCUGCAAUUUUAUUUUCUUGGUCGUUGUGUGGGAUGCCGUUGGGUGUGUUUAUGAAUCCAUAUUCAUUUUGGAACCUCCAUUUUGAUAACUUUAAUAUUAAAAGAGACUGUGAUGCAUGAGGCGUUUUUGUAAUAUUUCCCACAGCAGAUUCUUGUGCAUUUGUUUUUUACACUUGGUUUCACUUUCAAGUCCAUGACAAUUUGCACAAGUCAUCUCUGAAUCUUUUCAAUUUUUUUUUCAUAAUACUACUUUGUAAUGGCUCUCUAUUAAUUCAAAACACUCGAGAAUCUGUUAGACGAAAAUUUUGUAAGUGACUUCCUAUAUGCUUGACUCAUUCUUAGGAUUCUUCUAGUUAUUGGCUAUGUGCCAAUAAUUUUUCCUGUAAAGCAGAUAUACAUGUUUCACUUAAAUCAUACUGGAAGAGUAUUCUCCUGUGUUUGACUGAUGUAACUGAUUUCGCUGUUUUAUCGCCAAUGGGGUAAUUUAAGAACAUGGAAUCUUUUCACAAAUUUACCUGCAUUAAGCGUUCAUCACAUUUAUUUAUUUUGAAGAUUAGCUACCAUUUUAUAUACCAGGCGUUGUUAUCACGAUGUCUUCUUACAAUUUACUCAUGAGUGUAUACAAAUGCAUUGUCUGAAGUUAUCUACCACAUCUUUCAUAAGAUGUCUCCCCAUUGAGAAAGACGUACUGUCUAUUCUAUGAUAGAGAGUCCAUAAUACAAUCGCAUACCUGUUCUGAAAUGUGCAUGUAUUUUAUUUAUUAGGCGAUAGUGUGAAACCAUAAUGAACGCUUUUUGGGAAUCAGUAAUCAGGGAAUCAGCAAACUCUACUGCCUACUGGAUCUCGAGUACAAACAGAGUGAACUGACUUUCACACUUUUGAAGACAUCACUCCCAUACUGUGAAAGGACAAUGAAUAUCAAACUACAAGAAGUCCAGAAAUCUUUUGUUUAUAAAAACUGUAGUGCAAUAUUUUAUAGAUUUCUUUAAAUAUAAAAUAUUUGUUAUUUUUAAAAGGACACUAAUAAAAAUUGCACCACACAUUCGAUACGAGAUGGUAGAUACAACCUGUCUGUUGGAUCACCACCAAUGUGAUCUAAUAUUAGAUUUGACAAUGGGGAGGUGGCAGAGGAUAGGAUGAUGUUAUGUCUCUAGAUAAAUAACUAGUGAGUUUGUUGCUGGUCUCUAUUAAUUUAUUUACUUCAGCAUUGAUAUUUGACACAUAAUGUAUCGCUUGGCAGUUUGUUUUAUCUGAAGUAAGACUGUAUGGUACAUCAUCUCGGUUCUAUGAUGGACAGCACAUUAUAUUACUAAAACAAAAUGAACAAUCUUAAUUUCAGUAGUAACAUCAAAUUGAAUGAUGAGUGAUGACACGCAAACACACAAUUUUUGGAAAGAAUAUAUUUAGAAAAUAAAUUAUAAUUUGAAUACUAAGAGAUCUUCUAGUGGCUUACACAGCUUGUUACUGCUUAAUCUAAACAAUAUAAGCUGUAUGGAGAGCUGAGGAAAUUCAACUAAAAUAUAUUAAGAGAAUAGGAAAAAUGGAAAGUAGUGGGGGAUAUUUGCUCAGGCCACACUGCAGCCAGUGGGAGUUGUGUCCUAGGAAUAUACAAUGUUCAGAAGAAACAGAACACCUUGAUUGCCUAGAAAUACGACAUUCAUAUUAACAGGAAUAUACAUUAGUAUGGUCUGCAGAAUGAUUAGAAUUUCAGUCACCUUGGUUCUCCACCAUCUCAUUGCCUAGUAGGCACAGGAUCCACCAUGAACCUAGAUAACUUGUUCCAUGAAUGAUGGCUUCGACUCUUAUAAGGUGUGCACGGUGUCCUGUGGUAUAACCACCCAUGCUGCAUUCACCUGGUUCCAAAGUUCAUCUGCAGUGGUUGGCAUUGGGUCACAGCACUGCACCUGCUGUUUCACAAUAUCCCACACAUUUUUGAUUGGCGGCGACUAGAUUGGUGACAUAGUGGGCCAGGAAAAAUGGCUGACAUCCUGUGACACCAAGAAGCAUGUGUUCAUACAACAACAUGUGGUCAUGCAUUGUCUUGCUGAAAAAUGGCUUCUGGGGUGUUAAGGAUACAGGUUACUUAUAAAUAGUCGAAAUAUGGAAAUUUUUUAACGACUUUAUUAAAUUCUAUAGUUUUUCCUGACUACAUUGAUAUAUACAUUAUAGGGUUUCAAAUGAAAAAUGACCUAUAUAUACAAAAUUUUAAAGUUACACUCAAGUAUUCCGCUACGCCACCUUUAUUUCUGUUACAAAAAUCAGCAUUAUUUCGAAAAGAGCUGUGAAGUUUCUGUUUUUAGCGAUUAUAUGCAUGAUAAAUUGUAUAUGUAGGUAACAGUGCAGGUUUCUAGUGUCUAUAAAUGAUUAUCUUUGUUAGUAUUUAGUUUUGUUUAGCUGAAGCAGUUUGUUCACGUGUUACUGGAUGUUUGUUGCCCAUGUGCUGCAUAUAUUUGUGGAAGUACAUAUCCUUUAGUGUGCAAUAAAUAUGAACUAUGCCACACAUCAAGAAAUUCAAUAAGAGGAAAUUCCGUGGUAACCAGUUCACAAACAAAGCAUCCCACACUGUUGAAAGCAAUCCAUGUAUCAGUUCUUGAGGGAAGAAACUCCCUCCUGGUGAUUCAAAUUUUUGUGUUAACAAUGACUCUGUUUGUAGUGGAUUUGUUGUUGUUGAUGUGGGCAUCUUAUCUUCUUUGAUAUAGGAAGUGGCGAAAUUGAAACAAUGUGGUGGUGUAGGCUGUCUGGAAAUAACUGAACAACAAAGUAGCAGGAAGGGCUUAGCGUCAAAAUUAGUUGUUCUGUGUAGAUCCUGCAAUAAAUCUUCCACGAAAAUGACUUCGAACAUUGUGCAUAAUUCAUAUGAUGUGGGUUUGAAGCUAGUGUAUGCAAUGCAUUCAAUAGGUAAAAGAAGAAUGGCUGUUCAAAUGUUUUGUGGUUUGUUGGACCUUCUUCCUCCUCCCAGUAAGGGUCAGCAAGUACAUAAAAAUACUUUUAGGUGCCUUGACGGUUGUGUCCAAAGCAUUUAUGAAACGUGCAGUAGAAGAAACUGUAAAUAUUAGUGGAACCGGUGAUAUUGUUGUUGCAUUUGAUGGGACAUGGCGACGUCGAGGACGUCGUUCCUUGAAUGGUGUUGUAAGUGCUACUUCUCUGGAGGAUGGAAAAGUUGUUGAUGUUGAGUGCUUAUCUAAGUACUGCCACACCUGGCAUGGUAACACUGAAGGACAUAUUCAACAUCAGUGUUCUAAUAAUUAUGAUGGUUACAGUGGAGGUAUGGAGUGUGAUGGACUCUAAAAACAUUUCAGAGGUCGGUGCCCGUUUAUAACGUUAGAUAUAUGAAGUACCUAGGCGAUGGGGACUCUAAAGCUUUCAAUAAAAUUGAUGAGUCCAAUGUUUUUGGUGAUACCUUGGCAACAAAACUGGGGUGUUGUGGACUUGUGCAAAAGAGGAUGGGUGCUGGAUUGAGGAAGCUACGGAGGUAAACAAAAGGAAUGUUGCUAUCUGAUGGAAAACCUCUGUCUGGCCGAGGCAGAUUGACAGAGACUGAAACAGACCUUCUUCAGAGUUAUUAUGGACUGGCCAUUAGACGAACUGCACCUCUGAAUGAUGUUACAGCAAUGAGAAAAGCUUUAUGGGCCACCUACUUUCAUAAGUUGUCCACAGAUGACCACCCUGUUCACGGAAUUUGUCCUGAAGGAGCAGAAUCUUGGUGUGGUUACCAAAAAGGAAAAGGAAGUGGUCAAGUAUACCAUCAUAAACAUUCUCUUCCUGAGCCUUUUAUGAAUGAAUGAUAUUUAGAGAACUGAGUGAUCAUGCUUUGCUUAGUAAAUGUCUUCAUGGGGGCACUCAGAAUACAAAUGAAAUUUUCAACCAUUGCAUGUGUGAAAGACUACCCAAUAACGUUUUUGCAGGACUAAAUACAUUAAACGUUGGUGUACUAGAUGCAGUGAUAUGCUUCAAUGAUGACGUGAUAGGAAGGUUGGAAGUCCUGAGAAAUUUAGGCAUAAAAUGUGGCUCUAGUACGGAAGAUCAACUGGCCGCAUGCGAUAGACAAUGGGUGCACGAAGCUGAAAGAUACGCUCUUUAAGCUACCAAAGAAGCAUGAGGUGCUAAAAGGAAUGCCAAGAGGGAGCUUGAAGAUCAGGAAUGUUCUGAGGCACAGUUUAAUUGGAUUCAUAUCUUCAGCUGCAAUUUUCCCAAAGCUUUAUUUUUCAGAUUUCAGGUACCAACAUUUUCUAAAGUUUAUAGAGCAUUGCUCUAAUUUUUUUCUGUAACUUUCAGUAGACAAUACUUAGAUAUACCUAAGCGUUAUUGCAGAA